AUGACACUUCCAGUUAAUGGAGCAAUAGCCAUCAAAAGGAAUAUGCUCAAGACAGGUCUAGAAAAUAGAUGCUUUGGUCAUGCCUCCGCUCUGAAUUUGAUAUGUUCUGAUGACGCGACACGCUUGGACACUCGCCACCGAAUUGAGCCUUCCGUAUUCCUUGAGAGCACUCCUUGUCAGGCCAUUAAACACUCCACUCAUCUGCAAACACCUCUUGUUAACAUAAAUUACCAACGCAUCUAUACUGACCUAUUCCAUUCCCGUAUGUCUGAGACUGAUGUGCAUUCAUUGAGUGAAGACCAAUCCAACAUCCUGUCUAAAACGAUGUCUUCAUCAGAUGAAGAUAAACCAAAGAGUGAAAUCAGACGACUUGCAGAUAAAAGAAAACAAACGAGAGAGAAUAGAAAAGAUAAGAGGGCUGAGGAAAAUGAAGUGGGAAGACUGAGAGCGGAAGAAGAGAAAAAGGAAGAAGGAGAAAUGCAUGAGGAGAUGAUGGAUCUGCCAGAGGCAAUCACGCCUAGUGCCCUCAGCAGUGAAGCCUCCACAAAUUUGGACGCUACCAGCGAUCAAGCCAUCCAACAACCGUUAGAAUUAAUCUCCUUUAAUAGCGAUCACUUAAUACCAAUUGCUGACUACUCUGAAGUUGAUGGAAUUGGUGCCCCUCUGCCCAGCUUGACUGCGCAAGGAGACGAAGAGUCAUUCUCACGACUUCCCUUCUCUCCUGAUUUAUUGCUGAACUAUCCAAGUACAGGGCCCGAGUCUAGAUUUUAUGCGAUCGAGGAAAUGACAGCUGAUGCAAUCUCAGUGAACACAGCAGCCACACUGGCGUCGAAUUUUUGGGCUGAAACUGGUUCGUAUCUGAGCCGGCUACUGCACCAUUGGCUCACUCGGCCAUUCCAUUUGGUUGGCGGUUUAUUCACCAUCUUCAGCAGUUAUCUGACUAAUAGGACUCUACAUUUC